AAGAGUUCUCAGAUGGGAAGUGGAGUGUGUCUUUGAAAAUGCGCAAAGAACCUCCUCAGUGGAAGGGAGGCGGAGAGCGACUGAGCAUGCGCAGGGAAUAGACUCCGAUUGGGCGUGCGUGUGUUGAGCUGCAGGGUGGCGCUGCUUUUUUCCCCAAGUGGCCACGCCCCUGGCUUUCGGAGGCCACGCCCCUCCCGGCGGCGGCGGUGGCGGCGGAGCAAGAUGGCGGCGCUGGGCUCGCUGGGCGGAGGAAGUGCCGCGCAGCUCGCCUCCGGGACUCCUCUCUACGAGACGUUUUACAAACAGGUGGAUCCAUCUGGAACAGGGAGAGUCGGGGCCAGCGAUGCCGCCCUCUUCCUCAAGCAGUCCGGCUUGCCCGACGCCAUCCUCGGAAAGAUUUGGGACUUGGCUGAUCCGGAGGGAAAAGGCUUCCUGGACAAGCAGGGCUUCUUCGUGGCGCUGCGGCUGGUGGCCUGUGCCCAGAGUGGAAACGAUGUGGGACCCGCCAGUCUUGGCUUGACCUUGCCCCCGCCAAAAUUCCACGACAGCACAAGCCCACUCCUGCUGCCUCCGUCCUCAGAGGCCCAUUGGGCCGUCAGGGUGGAGGAAAGAGCCAAGUUCGAUGGCAUUUUCGAGAGCCUUUUGCCUGUCAAUGGAUUGCUUUCAGGAGACAAAGUCAAGCCGGUGCUCAUCAACUCCAAGCUUCCUCUUGAUGUCCUGGGGAGGGUCUGGGACUUGAGCGACAUCGAUAAGGAUGGCCACCUGGACAGAGAUGAGUUUGCCGUGGCGAUGCAUUUGGUCUACCGAGCGCUGGAGAAGGAGCCGGUGCCCUUGUCGCUGCCCGCUUCACUGGUCCCACCCUCCAAGCGCAAGAAAGGCGGUCCCUCUCCUUCCUCCUUCCCGGGGGCCGUGCCCGUGCUGCCCGCCAGCCCCCCGCCUCCCAAGGACAGCCUGCGCUCCACCCCCUCCCACGGCAGCGUCAGCAGCCUCAACAGCGCCGGGAGCCUCUCCCCCAAACACAGCCUCAAGCAGGGACAGGCCCCGUCGUCCAACUGGGUGGUGCUUCUGUCAGACAAGGUGCGCUACGACGAGAUCUUCCUGAAAACGGACCUGGACCAGGACGGCUUUGUCAGCGGCCUGGAGGUGAAGGACAUCUUCAUGCACUCGGGCCUCUCCCAGAACCUCCUGGCCCACAUCUGGGCCUUGGCGGACACCCGGCAGACGGGGAAGCUGAACAAGGACCAGUUUGCUUUGGCCAUGCACUUCAUCCAGCAGAAGGUCAGCAAGGGCUUGGAUCCUCCUCAGGCGCUGCUCCCGGACAUGAUCCCCCCUUCAGAAAGGACCACCCCUGUACAGGACAGCUCAAGUUCGGUGGGAUCCGGGGAGUUCACGGGUGUCAAGGAGCUGGAUGACAUCAGCCAGGAGAUCGCCCUCCUCCAGCGAGAGAAGUAUUCCUUGGAGCAAGAAAUCCGUGAGAGGGAAGGGGCCAUCCGCCAGAAAACCAGUGAAGUCCAGGAGCUGCAGAACGAUUUGGACCGGGAGGCCAACGGCCUGCAGGAGCUGGAAGCUCAGAAGCAGGACGCUCAGGGCCGGCUGGAUGAGAUGGACCAGCAGAAGUCCAAGCUGCGGGACAUGCUGGGCGAUGUCCGACAGAAGUGCCAGGAGGAAAACCAGGUGAUUUCGUCACUGAAGCUGCAGAUCCAGUCGCAGGAGUCGGACCUGCAGUCUCAGGCGGAGGGCAUCGGACAGGCCAAGGCUGAACUGAACAGGCUGCAACAGGAGGAGACCCAGCUGGGGCAGAGCCUGCAGGCCGGGAAAGUCCAGUUGGAGACCAUCAUCAAGUCCCUCCAGUCCACCCAGGAAGAGAUAAACCAGGCUCGUAGUCGCCUCUCACAGCUGCAGGAGAGCCAUCGGGAGAGCAGCCGGGGCCUGGAACCAUUCCCUGAGGGGUUGAAUGGCAUCCACCAGGGAGGAGGCAGCAUGACCAACCUGGCCGACCUCAGCGAAGGCCUCCCCCCUCCGCAGCCCAAGGAGCGACCCGGCUUCGGUGCCCUGGAGGACCCCUUCCGGAACAAGGCACUGCUCUUCAGCGGGGCAGGCAUGGGGCCACCCGACCUGCCCCCGGACCCCUUCCACGCCGAGGACCCCUUCAAAGGCAGUGACCCCUUCCAGAACGACCCCUUUGCAGAACAACCCCCGGCAGCCUCAGAUCCCUUUGGGGGAGAUCCCUUCGAGGAGAGCGACCCUUUCCGGGCUCCUGCGCCAGAAGACUUCUUCAAGAAGGCCGAGAAGAGCGACCCAUUCACGUCCGAUCCCUUCUUGCAAAACAAUCCCGUCCUGCCCUCCAAACCGAACUUCUUCGAGAACGACGACCCUUUCCUGUCCUUGAGCAUGGCCUCUUCAAAAGCCCCAGACCCUUUUGGCACCUUGGAUGCCUUUGGCAGCAGCGCCUUCAGCGGAGGAGGAGGAAGUGGAGGUGGAGGAGGUGGCAGCGAAGGCUUUGCAGACUUCAGUCGGAUGUCCAAGCCUCCGGCUGCCGACCCAUUCUCCUCCUCCUCUGCUGCCUCUUUCGGGGGAAGCGCCUUCCCCGAGGACCCUUUCCGGAGCCAAGCGGACACUCCUGCCCUCCCACCAAAGAAGAACAUGCCUCCCCGGCCCAAGCCCCCACCCAGCGGUAAAAGUCCUCCCGUAAGCCAGGCGGGGUCUUCCAGUUUGGCCAAGCCCCCCGACCCUUUUCAGCCGUUCCGGCCUGACACCGGUGACCCUUUCCAGAGCAGCAAGGGGUUUGGGGACCUAUUUAGUGGAAGAGACCUGUUUGUGGCUCCUCCCCCUCCUCCUCCCCCUCCCUCUUCCUCCUCCACCUCCUCUUCCUCCUCCUCCACGAGGAAGGCUUCCAAAGAGCCCUCGCGGGGCUUUGCGGACUUCGGCACACUUGGCAAUGAGGAGCAGCAGCUGGCGUGGGCCAAGCGGGAGAGCGAGAAGGCGGAGCGGGACCGCCUGGCCCGGCUGCGGAGGCAGGAGCAGGAGGACCUGGAGCUGGCCAUCGCCCUCAGCAAGGCCGACAUGCCCGCCUCGUAAGCCCACCGGGAGCCCCUUGAAAGAGAAGAAAAGAGAAGGCAGGGAGGACCAGGCACGGCUGCCGGUCCCUCGACUUCGACCUCGGCUCUCCCUUUUCCUGUUUCCCGUGGAGCCAGUCUGACCGACAAAUGGGCAUUUGGGCAGCAGGUGAGGGGCACGGCUUCUUCACGACGGUGGAGGGACCGGGAAGGACUCUGCCUGCGGUCUUCCGGGGGAACAAUUGCCAACAACCAACUUGUAUGGUACCGGACUGGAAAGACUGCUUCUUGGAAAGAAAACCCCUCUGUAGCGGGGUCUACUAAACGGGCAAAACAGCAGUUCUCUGCCUCUUCCCCCAAGGUGCCCCUCAUGCAAACUCUCCCUCCCUCCUUUCAGUGCUUCCUUCCUGUCUUCCUUUCCUUCUUUCCUUCCUGUCUUCCUUUCCUUCCUGUGCUUCCUGUGCUUCCUGGUUUCCUGUCUUCCUGUGAUCCUGUCCUCCUGUCCUUCUUUCCUUCCUGUCUUCCUGUCCUUCUUUCCUUCUUGUCUUCCUUUUCUUCCUGUCUUCCUUUCUUUCCUGUCCUUCCUUUCCUUCCUGUCUUUCUGUCCUUCUUUCCUUCCUAUCUUCCUGUCUUCCGUUCCUUCCUGUCUUCCUUUCCUUCCUGUCUUCCUGUCCUUCUUUCCUUCCUGUCUUCCUGUCCUUCCUGUCUUCCUUUUCUUCCUGUCUUCCUUUCCUUCCUGUCUUCCUGUCCUUCUUUCCUUCUUUCCUUCCUGUCUUCCGUUCCUUCCUGUCUUCCAUUCCUUCCUGUCUUCCUGUCCUUCUUUCCUUCUUUCCUUCCUGUCUUCCUGUCCUUCCUGUCUUCCUGUCCUUCCUGUCCUUGUUUCCUUCCUGUCUUUCUUUCUUCCUUUCCUUCCUGUCUUCCAUUCCUUCCUGUCUUCCUGUCCUUCUUUCCUUCCUGUCUUCCUGUCUUCCGUUCCUUCCUGUCUUCCUUUCCUUCCUGUCUUCCUGUCCUUCUUUCCUUCCUGUCUUCCUGUCUUCCUUUUCUUCCUGUCUUCCUUUUCUUCCUGUCUUCUUUUCCUUCCUGUCUUCCUGUCCUUCUUUCCUUCCUGUCUUCCUGUCUUCCGUUCCUUCCUGUCUUCCUUUCCUUCCUGUCUUCCUGUCCUUCUUUCCUUCCUGUCUUCCGUUCCUUCCUGUCUUCCUUUUCUUCCUGUCUUCCUUUCCUUCCUGUCUUCCUGUCCUUCUUUUCUUCUUUCCUUCCUGUCUUCCUGUCUUCCGUUCCUUCCUGUCUUCCUUUCCUUCCUGUCUUCCUGUCCUUCUUUCCUUCCUGUCUUCCAUUCCUUCCUGUCUUCCUUUCCUUCCUGUCUUCCUGUCCUUCUUUCCUUCCUGUCUUCCGUUCUUUCCUGUCUUCCUUUCCUUCGUGUCUUCCUGUCCUUCCUGUCUUCCUGUCCUUCCUGUCUUCCUGUCCUUCCUGUCCUUCUUUCCUUCCUGUCUUUCUUUCUUCCUUUCCUUCCUGUCUUCCAUUCCUUCCUGUCUUCCAUUCCUUCCUGUCUUCCUUUCCUUCCUGUCUUCCUUUCCUUCCUGUCUUCCUUUCUUUCCUGUCUUCCUUUCCUUCCUGUCUUCCUUUCCUUCCUGUCUUCCUUUCUUUCCUGUCUUCCUGUCCUUCUUUCCUUCUUUCCUUCCUGUCUUCCUGUCCUUCUUUCCUUCCUGUCUUUCUGUCUUCCUUUCCUUCCUGUCCUUCCUUCUUUCCUUUGUUUGUUUUCUCUCCCAAAUGACAAACCAUUCCACUUGCCCCACGUCUGCAAAAUAAUAAUAAUAAUAAUAAUAAUAAUAAUAAUAAUAAUAAUAAUAAUAAUGCUUUAUUUAUACCCCACUCCAUCUCCCCCAGGGGGACUCGGGGCGGCUUACAUGAGGCCACACCCAUCAAUACUACACAAGCUAUAACACAAACACAAUAAAACAAGCAAAAUACGUAAAAUGCAAAAUCGAAAUAAUAUACAACACAACAAUAUAAAAUCAAGCAUUAAAAACACAGGAAAUUUCACUAGGCAGGGUCAGAUGCAUGGAUAAAAUUAUAGAAAAUAUUAAAAACACCGGGAGAUAGGGCAGAGUAACUUAUAAGGAGGAGGCUCCAGGAAUGAGGAAAGAUUUCAUUGCACAAGAGACUGGGUGUGUUGAGGAAUUGUGUUGAGAAAUAGCACUUAAACACGAGAAGGCACCAAAAAGGGGACAUACUUGUAUCCUAAAGCUAUCAAAUAUUAGAAGCAUUGGGGAAAAGCAAACUCUUGUAGUGCAAGAUGUAUGGGGCCAGCUCUCAUACAGGUUCCAUUUUGGCCUCCCUCCCCAUUAGACUCAGUGCCCUAUGCCCCCUCAAAAGAUCCCUAUUGUCACGUUGCCAAGGCUCUACCUUAUUUAGGUAGAGAUGAACCAAACUCCCGGUUUUUGCUGCAUCUCAUCUUCCUCUGGAUUACACUUCCAAAACUUCUUAUCUUGCAAGCCUCUCAAAACAAACACAAGCAGAACUGGGUGGGUUUGAUUCCGUGGGAGAGAAAAGUAUUCUGUCACAUUGCCAGGGCUCUACCUUAUUUUAGUAGAGAUUAACCAAACUCCCAGUUUUAUCAAACACUUUAAAUAAAACAGCACUUACUUGCUGGCUGUUUUAAUAGACCAAAACAUAAAGAUAGCACCCAGCCACAGAAUAAACAAAAACUAAUAGCAAAAACAACUCCAUAGUCAAAAGGGUCCAGUGCAGUGGUCAAAUGUCGAGAGUUCAAUAAACAAAGUCCAGGGAUCAGGAGUCUAUACCAUAGUCAAAA